GAGCUUUAAAUUGCAUGGGUACAUACAUACCAAAAUCGGCCCACCAUCUAGUCGUAGCCCGAAGCCCAUCAAAAAAAUCGGAUUUAAAAAAUGCUGUUCGGAACGUAGCUGAAAAGGGGAAACCUGGGUCUGUAAAGCAAGUGGUAGCUAGCAUCAAGUUCCUUCUGUCUAUAGACCCGGACAGAGCUUCGAAGCGCUCUCGGAAGCUAUUCUAGCACCGGCAACCUUCCCGAGCCCUCUCAAUUUCCAAGGUAGUGUACCACCCAGAUGCUACGCUAAACGGGCAAGGAAGGGAACUACAGAGAAAUGCCAAUUGUGGGCCCUGGAGGUGGCAGAAGUUGCCAUGUGGGGGCAACUCGCCCUGCUGAGAUAGGUCCGUUUCAUCCUGCCGCGAAAACGUGUGUCUGAGGCCAGGUAUCGGCGCUCAUCGGCUCUCCCUUUGGCAGUUUGACAGGUGUAGAAGCUUCCCGAACUUUUUUAAUCAUUAAACCUGCAUUAAAUCCGGCCAGAAUUCUCAGGGAACAAACGGCUCGGUAAAAAAUAGGAGCCGCCAAUUACCUCAUCCGGAUUAUGGGCGUGGUUUUUUUCUCAUUGAUUAGUCAUCGCCUAGCAUCCGUGCACGCGCAACCAGAUACACAUCUCUACCCCAGAAACACCUCUUUUUCCAUUCGUUGCGAUACUGCCAUGCCACGAGGAAUCCUGAAAAACGCACCCCAUGACGCAGAUUAUCGCGCCGACGAGCCCGGAAAGCUCAGCCCAGAGGCCAUGGAGUUCGAUCGCAAAAAAGUCAUCGAAAACACCCGUCUCAAUUCCAAGCUGUUUAGAGACUCCUCCUCGAAUGGCGACCUGAUUCGGUCCAAGAUUCAGGAGCAGAAAGAGCGUCUGCACCACACAGGCAACAUGGACCACCUCAAGUGGGACGAGAAAAACAUUUUGAUCAACGAGCUGGAGAAAAGCGCAACCAUGAAGAUAGACGAGCCAAAGACUCCGUACGAGGGGGGGUUCGACCCAAACAACGACUACUACCGCUCGGACAACGAAGAGGACGAGAUGGAGGCACUCGACCUUGGUGAGGGCGUCGACGACGAAGCGCCAGUUUACAACGAAAAUAGGAUCGAGGUGGUGCAACAGCCUGAGGAGAAGCCCGGGUCGGAGCCUGAGUCGGGCGACGAGAACAAGGAGUUGUCGCCAGAGGAAAAACACAGACUGUUUGAGGAGAGACGCAAACAGCACUAUCAUUUGAAAGCAAACCCUUUGAAACAACCUAUCCAGGUCAGUGACGACGAGGAAUGAUAAUAUUAAUAUGCACUAGCCUCUUUUGAUGGAAAGAAUAGUAUCUGUGUCGAUUUUCGCGCUAAAACACAGCUUUUCCAAGCGCACAAGCUCUUUUUCGAGCGCCUCGAAGUCUUCAGACUCGUACGCCUGCUGCUCCAGCUCCCGCAGCCGCUGGCUGUACGUUUUGCGCCACCGACAAUACUCGCCGUACGUGGUGAAAAACCGCUCGCCCAGCUCGUCAGACGAGUGGAGCUGGGUCUUGCGGUCCACACAGAACCAUUCGCCCGUCCUCGUCCACACAGAUAGUCCUUGCAGGCGCUCACAAAGACGGCACUCGGCAAUAGUGGGCAUAUUCUUGGCGCUCAGCUUCUGCUCCACAGGCUCGAUAGGAAAUAACAAUUUUUGUAUGGUGUCAGGAAGCCACCUUCCUAAAUAGAAGUGGCUCAAAAAAAUGCCAAAGUUAGACACAUGGUGCUCGUUGUCGUGGUUGGUGGCCACUUUCGGGAAGUGGUGGUAGAAGAAAUUGUUUUUGUCCGGGAUUUCAUCGAGCUUCCAUAAAUCUUUGAACGACUCGUUAUGGCGGUCGAAACACCGAUGCAGCUUGAAAUUGGCCAUCUGGAGAUAUCUCUGGACGCCUUCUGCCUCCAGAACUGGCGCAGACGCAUUCAACGACUCGCGGUCGUCCUUUUGUAACGAUAAAUCAUCAAACAUGAGUCUGAC